AGCAACAGUUGGGCAGAGGAGGGGCGAUCGGGUCUUAAUGUAGGAGGACGACUCGGACGACUCGUCUCUUCCCUCUUCUAAUGCUCGUUGCCAAUUAGCAUGCCGCCAUGUCGUCCCCCUUUCCCCCCCAUCGCAUCCCAUGCAUGCCCAUGUCCCAUACCGUCCCAUGUCCCAUACUGUCCCAUGUCGUCGUCCAUCGCGAUAUGCAGACCCCGCUUCAUUCUGUCGCUGGCGCUUGACUUUCGUCCUGGUCCCGCUUCACCCGCCGCUGCUCUGGUCGCUCCGCCUUGCUUGCUGGUGCUCGCUGCCCUCACUGCUGCCCCUUCACCAAUCCGUGUCGACGGCUGCCACGCUGAAUGCUCGGCCUGCGUGGUUGACGACCUGUCACAUUCGUCGACGAGCUGUGCUGGCAGCACCCACCUCGUCUGCCAUAGGCCACAUGUUGCAUGGGUUGGUCGCACACCGCUCUCUGUCCGCGAGCUUUCCGGCUUCUUUUUGGGGAGGCGGACGGAAGAGGAGGGUCUGGCGGGGCCUGAGGGGGAGCUGCCAGCCUAUCAUGCGUGGUGACGACCGCUAGCCCGCAACAUUUGCAGGGGAUAGGCUGCAGCAGACGGCUUGCCAACUCAUCAUUGCAGAUGGCCCAGCCCACUUUCCAGCCUGCUCACAUCAACAAGUGCAUGAGGUUAUUCGCCGGGUGUUGCGCGAAAUAGCCAAAUGGAAAUGCGUCGAUGGCGCCGC